AUGAUUUUAGUUGAUACUGGAGCUGCCAUUUCUCUUAUUCAUGAUAACACAUUAUCGACUAUGCGACACAAACCCAUUGUUUCAUGUUCAUUAAAUGAAGUUCAUACUGCAAAUAGUGGCUUUAUCUCUCUUCUUGGUAUAGUUAAACUUACUGGUCAAAUCAAUCAUCUUGAUACACAGGUUGAUGCCUAUGUCACACGUGAUCUUAUUUGUCCUAUGGUUUUAGGUCGUGAUUGGAUUCAACAAAAUUAUGCCAAUAUCAAUUUUUGCACCAAUCGUCUUUAUCUUUAUAAUGGUCUUGCUUCAGCUCCUUUAUUACCCAUACCUCGUAGUGAACCAGUCAUUAUGCCAUUAUCAGAUUCUAUUGUUAUUCCUCCAUUUCAUCAACAAUUUGUUUAUGGCUAUGUACCUAUUAACUCAUUAAAUGAUGCAUUAUUUACACCUAAUAUUGCUCUACAACAUGCUCGAAUGGUCCUGCUUCCUCAUUCACUCCUCCAUAUUCGUGAUAACCGUGGUGUUAUUUCCAUCAUCAAUAAUACUCGGCAUUCAAAACUAAUUCAACGUAAUACUCCACUUGGUUUUGUUUCCCCCUCAACUACAACAGCGGAUCUCAACGUCAUUACAACAUCACUUAUGAACUUUCCUGAUUUUUCUUCUUCGUCUCCAUCUUCAUUGUCAUGUAAUCAUUGUGGCGUUCAUUUUUCUACGGAAUUAAUAUUGUAUGAUCAUCUAUUUUAUUGUUGUAAUAAAGAUUUCACUUGUACAACACAAAAUAUCACUCCUUUAGUUCAACAUAUUGAUGAUCCUGUUAAAAGAAUAAAAGUUUAUCUAAUGCUACAUCAUUAUUACCAACUUUUCGAUGAUUCAUGUUUGCAAGGCAUUACCUGUUCCCCUCAAUGUGCUAUCAACACCCAUUCUCAAGCCCCUUUAGCUGAACAUCCACGUCGAGUUUCGCACCUUAAUCGAGAAAUUAUUAAUAAUGAAGUUAAGAAACUGUUAGCGAAUGGAAUCAUUGAACCCUCAAAUUCGCCUUGGGCUUCUCCUGUUGUUAUAGUUAAGAAAUCGGAUGGAUCUCCCAGGUUUUGCAUAGAUUACCGGCGCUUAAAUUCCAUUACUCAAAAAGAUGUUUAUCCAUUACCCCGUAUCGAUGAUGUUAUUGAACGUUUAAAUGGAUCUCACAUAUUUUCAAAGCUUGAUUUACGUAGUGGAUACUUUCAGGUACCUUUAGCACCUCACGAACGUGCUAAAACUGCUUUCACUACUCCUGAUGGUCUUUGGGAAUUUACUCGAUUACCUCAAGGACUAAAAAAUUCACCAUCUGUUUUUCAGCGCUUAAUGAAUUAA